AUGUCAGUGGCUACACAGCCAACUCUCAGAGGCAAAAGUGACCUACAGGAAAAACCCUCUGAUGUUACAAAUGGCUCUUUGUCUAAGGCUGCUGAACCUGAACCUGAACCCGACACUCGAGACCAAAUGAGCAGGGUCGACAUAGAUGGACUUGUUAUGAAAUUUCAGAAAAAACUAGGGAAAAGGUGGGAUGACUAUCAGAUGGUAGUUUCACUUUUUCUUGUAGGAAAGCUUUCUAGAGAAGAAUUGAUGGCAAAACUUGAAGAGACUCUUGAUAGUACAACAAUCCGAUUUCAUAAUCAACUUCUUCUUGCUAACCUUGCGAACUGUCUUAGGGCAGAACCAUCUGAUGGGAUGUCAAGUGCAAGAUUUGGAAGUCAAACACAACAAAGCAAAAAAAGAAAAACAGGUCGAUCAUCACAAUAUGAUAUGUUGAAGAGAAAUAUUCUUUCGCUUCCUAUAAGAGAAAGAAGACGGCUAAAAAGCAUUGUACGAGAAUCCGGUAAAAGGGGAAUGACAAAUUCAACAUUAGCUCUUACCCGUCAGGCUAUUCUUCCAAAGAUUCCUAUGAAAGCCCCCAAAGGAGCUGAAGUUCAAUCGAAGGAAACUAUUGCUGCAACAUUGGAGCAGACAAGUAAGUGGUCUAAAGAUGUUUCACGUGCAAUUAAAGCACCGCUUUGUUCUGAAAGUUUUGAACUUCCUGAUAUAGAAUCAUUACAAACACGCAUGCUAGGUAUUGCAAGGGAGCAUGGCCUAGAGGGUAGUGUGAGUCCACGUGCCGCACAAUUUCUUUUGGUUGGACUUGAAUAUCAUUUAAAAUCACUCAUUGAGAGGUCACUUGCCAAAGUGAAAAGAAAUAAAAAUGGCUCAAAACGUCAGCGUGUUACUCUUACUGUUGAAGAUAUGUAUGAUACACUAUCACAGGUGCCACAUUCAGUAGAUAACAGUGGGUCUCUCUAUUAUUUAAACGAUGCAUUAUUAAAGAAUGAUGAUGAUGCCUCUGUGAUUCAUCUUCAGAGGCAACCGUUGGCAAAAAAAAUGCCGCAUAGUUUUGACACCCAGACAGAUAUCAUGAAACUUCAAGAGAAAGAUAAAUCAUUCAAGGCAAAUGACAGGUCCAACCAUAUGAAUCUUGCUAUUAGCGAAGAGAAUCCAAAAGGUGAUACAAAUACGGAGAAUGCCUCAGAAGAGCACAAAAAUAUGCAAGGCAAAAAGACGGAAUCUCAAGGAUCACAAACAUUUGUUAGGCCAUCAUUCUCGAAAGAAAGUACGGAUCACCAUAUGAAAUUUUCGAAAAGCAUCAUUAACCGUAAAUUUCAUGUCAGUGAAUAUUCACCCAUUAGUUUUGUAUUGAAGCCAAAAGGGCUGGGGGUCAGGAAAAAUGAAGAAAAGCAAGCAGGCAGGCCCAACUUAGUACUUCAUGAUCCAAGCAUCGGCAGUCCUAAUGACCUUAAUUGGGUCAUUAAUGAGCUUUUGUCAGAGUAA